GCAGCCGAGAUCCCUCCACUCGCAGUCAAUCCCCUUCCGUGCGUGCGCCGCCGCUCGCCGCCCUUCCCCCGCGACCUCGACGGCUGAUGCUGCUCGGCGCCCUCGACCGCGAUUUUAACCGCGCCGCCACCACGGUCCUCGGCCACCGCUCUUGACCUCGACUGGUUUUUGCUCCCCCGCGCCCCCUCGAUGCGCACCGCCGAUGAGCUGGGCACCCGGCAGCUGGCGCUCGUCGCCUUCGCGAAGCUCUCUGAGUACGAGCCCACCGCGUCCUCCUCGCUGCCCUCCGCUCCUACCGCUGACGUCCCGCCGCUCCUCAGCUGCUGCUUCCAGUUGCUGCGUCGCCUGGAUCACACCGACCCCGACCUGGCCGCCAGAUGCGCCACCCGGCUCCGCGCCUUCAUCCACAGCAUCAUCUCCCGUGACCCCGACGUCUCCUUGGCCCCCGCCCUCGAGGUGUGCCUUCAUAAUUUUGUGGAUAUAAGCCAACUGAGGAAUUGCACCAUGCUCGAGGAUGCCAGACAGGAAGGACCAUGCAAGUAUGAGCACCUUGUCAGGCUGGAGUUCAUGUCCCACCAUUUCAUUUCAUCGGUGCAAGAUGAGGCGGACUUUGAGCAGUUCUUUAGUGCAGUCUCUUGGUCGGAGAAGGCGACACAGCGCACUCCAGAACUUGGCUUGGCCGCAGCCAUUUCCCUAGUCCGAAAGAGCUACCUGUUUUCUAUGCCUGUCAUUGCACAAGCUCAUUUUGUAUUGCUUGCAUCCAGAUGCGUUGGCAAUGGGGAUCUGGGCCUUCAUUUGCAAGUAUUUGAGAAUGCCAUGCAUGCUUAUUUGAUAUACUUGCCAGAAUUGGGUGUUUUUGACAGAACUAAUGUGGUGAAAAGCCUGUUUGGUCGCUUCGCCACCAUGAGACUUCAUAACUCUUGUAUCCAAGAUGGGACUAAUCAGAAGCUACAUUGUCAGAUCAAUAGGUUGUUUUUGUUCUGCAAGGCGCACUGCGAUGAUAGCCUGCAUGUCAAAGAGAGGAGUCCAUUUGAUAUAUUUCUGAGCUUCAUUGAGGAGAACCAGCAUAUCUUCCCUGAACAAUCGAGGCAGGACGCUGUUAUUAUUGUGAAGAAAAUCGUGUCAAAUAUCCUGGGUUGUGCUAACCAGAAGGACACAGAUGAAUCGGAUACUAAAGUAUCAGAGGAGAUGAUCUACCUUGCUGCUGUACUUAGGCUAAUGAGUUCCUCUUUUCUAGAGGUUCUUCACUUUAUUAGGAAAAUGAGGGUUGCAGGUGACAGGCUCCAUGAAAAUCAUAUAUUCCUUCGCAUAUCUAAAACCAUCAGCUUACUUGGGCAAUAUGAAGCUAAUGGACUUAACAUAGAUGACUUAUUUGGUAUGACUGAGAAGUCUGUUGACAAGGAAAACGCCUCAGUGUUGAUGCUUUUUCAUUUUGCUAGCCUAUUAGCCUUGUGUUUAAGAAUGAGGUUUGGUUUUCUGUGGAAAGCUUGCAUUGUCAUGAUCAUGAUGGCCAUGAAUCUUGUGAUUGAUGAAGAUAAAAGUCUGAGUACAUUUCAGUUUCUUAUUGCUUCAAAAGAGUCUGCAAUCUCCUCCAUUGACCAAGAGGCUUCUGCAAUCUCCUCCAUUGACCAAGAGGCUUCUGCAAUCUCCUCCAUUGACCAAGAGGCAUCUGCAAUCUCCUCCAUUGACCAAGAGGCUACUUUGAAGGGUUCUGCCAGGAGAAAAUCUUCUACAUCAAUAGCUUUGCAGUUCACUAACUUGCAUAAACGUUGUAUUCAGGAUGAUGCGGUGUCUGAUUGUGCUGAGGGCAGCAGGUCUAAAACUGUAGACGGAAAAGCCUUUUUGGAGUCCUAUCUUGGAAAGAACAAGUCCUCCGAGUGGGAUGAUUUGGUGGAUUAUGUCGAAUGCGAAGAUGGCGUGGAUUAUACAAGUUGGCUGGUGAAGCACGGGAAAUUCAAGGAGUUUAAGUAUGCCAAAUGGAUGCAGAGCAAGCAACCCAGUGCGGACAAGUCAGAGAAAAAGAGGGAAUACGGUGCCAGUAAAAGUAAAAGACUGAAGAAGGCCUCACGGUGAGUCUUCUUGGUGAUUGCAUGGGUUGGGGCCUUAAGAACAGGCUGCGACACCACGGGAGCAGAGUGCCGCUCAUGGCGGAGCCUUGUGUAUAUAUAGUUGGAGCCUUGUGUAUAUAUAGUUGUUAUGGGCUCAUUUUAGGGAAAGACCUGGGGACAGUUUGUAUGCUGACGUGCUGAUUAUAGGAUCUUUUUUUUAACCGUUA